AUGCGACCGCUCCAAAAGCUUCUAGAAGCCGCCGCCGCCACCUCUACCCCUCUCGCCGCCGCGCAUCUCCACGCUAACCUUCUCCGCUCGGGCCUCCUCCACUCUUCGCACCACUUCACCGCGCAUGUCCUCGCGUGGUACCCUCCGGGCCUCGCCCGCGACCUGUUCGACGAAAUCCCCAGUCCGACGCCGCGCCUCGCUAAUGCGCUCCUCCGCGCCCACAUCCGCGCGCGGCAGUGGCGCGCCGCUAUCCUCCUUGGUCCGCGGCUCCGAGUGCGCCUGGACGGCUUCACCUUCUCGCUCCUGCUGAGGGCCUGCGCUGCGCUCCCCUCGCUCGCCCACGGCCGCGCUGUGCACGCGGUCGCCGUACGCUCUUGCACCGCGUCUGAAGACGCCUUUGUCGCCACAGCGAUCGUGCAGAUGUACGCCAGGUGUGGAGACAUGGUUGGGGCCAUCAAUGCGUAUGGCAUGCUUGAGAAGCCGGACAUUGUGCUUAGGACGUCUGUGGUAACCAGCUACGAGCAGAACGGAAUGGCCGAGGAAGCACUGGAGUUCUUUGCAAGAAAUGUGGUUGGUCAGGGCGCUAUGCUGACACCAGUCACACUUGUGAGUGUGGUGUCGGCAGCAGCACAGUUGGGGCAUGUCCGGAAGGGACAGGCGUGCCAUGCCUAUGUUGUCAGGAACAGCUUGGGCUAUGAUCUAGCUUUAGUAAAUGCUGUUCUUGGCUUUUAUGUGAAGAUCGGUGAUUGCCAGGCAUCUAUGAGGUUGUUUGAGGGUAUGACGGAUAGGGAUGUGAUCACUUGGAGCUGCAUGAUCAAAGGGUAUGUGCAACAUGGAGAUGCACACGAAGGGUUGAGAACGUACAGGGAGAUGGUUAAGGCACGUGUCCAGCCCAAUUCAGUGACUUUAGUGAGUGUUCUGCAGGCUUGUGCUCUUGUUGUCGAUGCUGAGGAAGGUAAGAGAGUUCACCGUGUUGCUGUCAGCAUAGAUUGUGAGCUUGAGGUGGGUGUAGCGACUGCUCUGGUUGAUAUGUACAUGAAGUGCUCAUGUCAUGAGGAAGCAAUGCGCUUAUUUCACCGGAUGCCAAAGAAAGAUGUGGUCGCUUGGGCUGCUGUCAUUGGUGGCCUCACACAAAAUGAACUCCCUGGUGAAUCCCUCCAUGUGUUCAAAUGCAUGCUGUUGGAUGAUCAUGUUCCUGAUGCCGUCAUGAUGGUGAAGGUACUUGCUGCAUGCUCAGAAUUUGGUGGUACUCGCCUAGCCAUUUGUCUCCAUGGCUAUUUAGUUAGAAAUGGUUUCAAUAAUAAUGCAUUUGUAGCUGCUGCACUUCUUGAUUUGUAUUCAAAAUGUGGAGACUUAGAUAGCGCUGUCAGGGUAUUUGAAGGUACUACAGAAAAAGAUGUUGUGGUGUGGGGCUCAAUGAUUGCUGGUUAUGGAGCCCAUGGCCUUGGUCAGGAAGCUGUUGUGUUGUACCAAAGGAUGAUUGCCUCAUCAAUUCAACCCAACAGUGUGACGUUUGUGUCAGUGUUAUCAGCAUGCAGCCACUCUGGCCUGGUUCAGGAAGGAAUACAAAUUUUUGAUAGCAUGACUCGAGUUUUUGGAGUCGUGCCAAAUGCCGAGCAUCAAAGUGCCAUGGUUGAUCUCCUUGGUCGGGCGGGUGAACUGCAAGAGGCUAUAAGGGUCAUUCGUGAUAUGGAUGGAAGAGCUGUUGCCCAUACUUGGUGUGCUUUGCUUGCUGCAUGCAGAGAACACAACAACACUAAGAUAAGCAAAGUAGCAGCAAAGAGUCUGCUCAAGCUGGAUCCUGACCAUGUUGGCUACUACAAUCUCUUGACAAAUAUAUAUGCAUUUGAUGAGCACUGGGAGAGUGUAAAGGACACAAGGGACAUGGUGAGGGGUAGAGAUCUGCGUAAAGUGCCAGGUUACAGUUCAGUUGAGGUCAGUAACUUAGUGCACACGUUCAUUGCUGGGGAGAGGACUCACCAAGAUUGGGAUAGUAUCUGUACAUUGCUCUGUGAUCUGUCACGAAAGUUGAGAGGCGAGGACUGCUCCUUUCAAGUAGACACUAGCUUUGCAUUCGUGGAUUCUGCUGACUGCUCUUCUUUGAGUUGA